AUGAGUUCUUCAAAGCAAGAUGAUUUUGAAGAUGAUGCGAGGCCCAGCAAAAGACCCAAGACGGAAAAGAUCAAAUUAUUCGAACGGGCUAAAACUGUGUUGUCCAAGGAUAUGGGGUUGGCUAUGGAAGGCGUGUAUGACAGAUUGGACAAUUUAGAGGAGUUUUACGUGGAUCCGAAUUCGGGUGAAUGGACCCGAAUCGACUUGGUUCUCGUGCACCGAGUGAAGACAAAAGACGACACAAAAGAGGUGCAGUCGCGUCGAGCCAAAUUUGAAGCCAAACUGCGAGCUAGUGGCCUGAAGCUGGUGAAGGUCAGGGGCACUUUCGAGUCACGUGACAAAAGCGAGAAGAUCUUCACGCUUUGCACUGUGGAGAACUACAAACUGGUGGAUGAGGUUGCCAGAUUCAACUGGAAAAUGCCAAUUGUCAAAACGGAUUCAAAGCAAUGGAGAAGUUCGUCCUACAGCAAGUGUAUGGCUCCAACCAAGUUUAAAGAAAAACCAGGCAGAUAUGACCCGCAUAAAUACUUCAAAGCGCCCUUCACCAAAACUAAAAUGGCGCUUUUUCCCCUGGACAAAAUGGGCGUUGACAAUUUCAUAACUGAUACAGAGCGAUCCAGAAUUGCUCAUUACGUUGUUUCGCACACUGAACAACCGAAAGUGUCAAUUGAAAGGACAGGUCAAAAGACAAAAACAGGAAAGGCGCCUGCUCUUGAAAUUGCAAGUAUGGGAAUCGACCAUCUUGUUGAGACACACCUUUACACUGAUGCUUAUCCUGUCCAUUCGGGUCCACACAUGUGGUCCAAAGACAGCGCCAAAAAAUACGGACCCUGGGAUAAAAACGAAAAGUACUUGAACGACCGACAGAAACUGUUCUACUCAUGGUCGGGACAGAAAGCAUUUUUCAAAAUGCAGCCGUUGGAGGAAAUCAGACGUUAUUUUGGAGAAAAAACUGGACUUUACUUUGCAUGGCUUGGGUUCUAUGCUCGCUGGAUGAUGUACCCGGCUAUAUUUGGGGUGGUUGUAUUCCUGCUGGGGUUCAUUUUGCUCUUCUUUGACCCGGUGGUAAAGGAAGCAUGUUCAGAUGAGCCGAGACCCGACUUGGUGUUGUGUCCGACUUGUGAUUUCUGCGACUUUUCACUCAUUGAUAGUGCUUGUCAACAAGUCAAAUUUGCGCAUCUGUUCGACAAUCCCCUGACCAUAGUGAUGGCCGUGUUCAUCUCGGUGUGGGCCAUUCUGUCCCUCGAGUGCUGGAAGAGAGAACAGAACUGCUACUCAUUCGACUGGGACUUGUUCACUUCCACAGAGGUCAGCAAAAUCGUGCGACCCGAGUUUCUAGACUUCGUCAAGCAGAACUUUGUCUACCACAAGAAUGACAAAAAACAAUCAGAAUGGAGACAACGCAACCCUGUAGACGGGAAACUGGAAUACGUCAUCCCUAAAAACGUGAAGCUGCUUCGCGAGGUUCUAGCCAAUUUACUUGUAGCAGUUGUACUUUUGGCGGUGUUCGGCAUAUUUUCGAUGCUGAUGAUUAUUGGCGCUGUUUUGACCUACGCUAUUUAUAACAGCUCAUCCAGUGUUUGGGUUACUGAACAAGCGGGAAAUAUUUCUUACGGUAUUUGUACCUUGGGAACUGUAAUUUUCAUCGAAAUUCUAAAUUUUGUUCUGGAUAAAAUCUGCAACAGAAUUACACAAAUGGAACAACACAAAACGCCCACUGAAUUUGAAAAAUCAUAUUCGAAUAAAAUGUUUUUCUUUCAAAUAACCAACAACUAUUCAGCAAUCAUUUAUUUGGCAUUUUUCAAAUCAAAGUUUGUCGGCUAUCCGGGCGACUAUCGCCGAGUGUUCGGGCAACGCCAGGAGCAAUGCGGACUUGCGGGUUGCAUUACCGAAGUUGCAUUUGAGCUAGCACUCGUAAUGGUACUUUUAGAGUUAUACUCGAAUAUUAAAGAGAUCGGCUACAUUUUUAUCCGAAAUAAACGACUCAAAAAAAGACAUGUGAAAAAAAUCGAACUAGUAGUUGGUUCGAUUGCAAUUUGGGAAGCCGAUUUUUACCUCACAGCGCAAGAUGACCUUUAUCUGUUUGGCGAGUACCUCGAACAAGUUAUUCAAUUCGGAUUUGCGACGUUGUUUGCGACUGCGUUUCCUUUGGCACCAUUUAUAGCCUUCUGCAACGCAUGUUUGGAAAUAAAACUGGACGCUUUUAAGUUCACAACUCAGUUAAGAAGACCCUUUCCGGAGAAAGUGAAGAACAUGGGUCCCUGGUUAAACAUUUUGCAGACUAUAGCAAUUGUUUCCGUCCUUACCAAUGCGUGCAUAGUUGCUUUUACGUCUCAGUUUCUGGAUAAUUUGUACUACAAAUCGGGAAAUUAUGACAAAGCGUUCGAAUAG